AUGGGUGCAUGUUUUUCAAAGGUUUUUAAUGGGUGUCCCUUGAAAAUUCACUGUGCAACAUCUUGGAUAAACCCAGAUACAAGAGAUCAGUACUUGAUAUUUGGUGCUGAAGAAGGGAUUUAUACCCUUAAUCUUAAUGAGCUUCAUGAAACAUCAAUGGAACAGCUCUUCCCUCGAAAGUGUACAUGGCUGUAUGUAAUGAACAAUUGCUUGCUAUCGAUAUCUGGUAAAGCUUCUCAGCUUUAUUCCCAUAAUUUGCCAGGGCUUUUUGAUUAUGCAAGACAAAUGCAGAAGUUACCUGUUUCUAUUCCAGCACACAAACUCCCUGACAGAAUUCUGCCAAGGAAAUUUGCUGUAUCAGCAAAAAUUCCUGAAACCAAGUGGUGUCAGAAGUGUUGUGUUGUGAGAAAUCCUUAUACAGGCCAUAAAUAUCUAUGCGGGGCACUUCAGACUAGCAUUGUUCUAUUAGAAUGGGUUGAACCAAUGCAGAAAUUUAUGUUAAUAAAGCACAUAGACUUUCCUAUCCCGUGUCCACUCAGGAUGUUUGAGAUGCUGGUAGUUCCUGAGCAGGAGUACCCUUUAGUCUGUGUUGGAGUCAGUAAAGGGCGAGACUUCAACCAGGUGGUUCGAUUUGAGACUGUCAAUCCAAAUUCUACCUCUUCAUGGUUUACAGAGUCAGAUAACCCACAGACAAAUGUUACUCAUGUAACCCAACUGGAGAGAGAUACCAUCCUUGUCUGUUUGGACUGUUGUAUAAAAAUAGUAAAUCUCCAAGGCAGAUUAAAAUCUAGUAGAAAAUUGUCAUCAGAACUCACCUUUGACUUCCAAAUUGAAUCUAUAGUUUGUCUACAAGACAGUGUGCUAGCUUUCUGGAAACAUGGAAUGCAAGGUAGAAGUUUUAGAUCUAAUGAGGUAACACAGGAAAUUUCAGAUAACACAAGAAUUUUCAGGCUCCUCGGAUCUGACAGGGUCGUGGUUUUGGAAAGUAGGCCAACUGAUAACCCAACAGCAAAUAGCAAUUUAUACAUCCUGGCGGGUCAUGAAAACAGUUACUGAGAAAUGUUGUGCUUGACAGUUACCUAUAGAAAGAACAAACACUACCGCUGCAACAUUAACAGAUGCUUGAAGCUGUACAAAAGCUGCAGUAACCUGGCUUCAGUUCCUUGUAAUUUAUUGUGGCAUGAGACAAGAUGGGGAAAAUAUUUGUUUUAAGUGGUAUGGAUAUAUUUAGCAUAUUGAACCACACAAGUGCUUAAUUCAUUGUUAUGUAAUCUUUGUACAUAUAGGCAGUAUUUUUCUGUGAAACUUCAUAUUGCUGAAGACAUACACUAAAAAUUUAUGUAGAUAAUGUACUUUUAUGAGAUGUACAAGUGUCUUAUCUGUACAGAUGUAAAUGUUGAUAAAAUGCAAUUGGGGUUAAUAUUUUAAGAAUUCUUUAGUAUAUUCUUGGGUGUGGUUAUAUUCCAAAAUGGGAUGCCAGCAAUGAAACAGUACAUUUAACACUAUUGUAUUUUUAUUCUGUGUAAUUUAGUAAUAUGAAUAUAAAUCUUGUAACUUUUAAAAUUGUAAUGGAGACUGUAUCAUUUUAUAAUCUUGUUUUUAAUUUUAAUGCGAGUACACUGGUGUUUAUAUUUGCACAGAGUAUUGAUAUGUGAUGUAUUAAGUCACAAAAGUAAGCUGUGACAUUGUCAAUAUGCAUUCAGCUCCACAACAUCUUUUCUAAAUGUGUCUGGGAUUGUUUACUAUGUGAAACAAACCAAUUAACCACUGGUGUAGUAACUGAUCUUUUAUAUUCAAGCAGAAUCCUACAAGAUUACCUGUCUGUAUUUAAAAUAUACCUUUGAAAGAGUUUUAAAUCACAGAAUAGCGGUACCUUGGGGUAAAACUGCAGUUGUUGUUUGAAUUACAGUAUGCACAAAGAAUAAAUUAGCAUUAUUAAAGAGUCCACACUAGACAUUUCACAUAAUCACAUCGACGAACUAUAACAUUCCAGAGCAAAGUGAUUCAAAAUUCUAAUAGCGUUUUUACUUUUGUUGGCCUCAUUUUAUGAUCACUUUCGUAUUUCUUUUGAUUUAGAGCAUUAACACAUGGCCAAAAUAAUUUAGUUACUACCUCAUACAAACAACAUAAUGGUCACUACACAUCACAGGAACUUAGUUUGAGUUAGUCAUUUUUGAUUGCUUUUUUUCCAAUAGAAUAUGUAUGUACCAAGUUUUAACACACUUUUGGCUCUUUUUGGUAUAUAUUCUUUAUAUUUUAAUGUGAGUAUACACACUACGAACAAACUAAAUUGUGAUUUAUGGUCUUCAUUUAUUUUAAUUAAAAUGAUUUUAAUUAAAUGAUGAUGGUUUAAAUAUGUUCCUGAUUGUACAUAGUGUAAAAUAAACAUGUUUUU